UGUUUCUAGAAUGAACAUUUGGGGAAGCGACUUGCCCAUGGAUACCCCUUUCUAGAAGCUGAGGUGGCAUACUGUGCUAGGCAUGAGUACUGUGAAUCUGCAGUAGAUGUCAUCGCUAGGAGAUCUCGGCUUGCUUUUCUUGACACUGAUGCAGCAGGCCGGGCAUUAUCCCGCAUAAUUCAGAUACUGGCUGCUGAACACAAUUGGAACAAGUCAAGGCAGAAGCAAAAAGUACAAAAGGCUACAGAAUUUUUGAAAACUUUCAAGUCAUCAAAAAAUGCUCAGUUCCAUGAUGGGAAACACAAUUAGCCAUGAAAAUUGUAAAGGCUUUAAAGCUUAAGGAAAAAUUUGAUUAUGAAAGUUUUUGUCGGAGGCUGGAGAAUCAGGUGGAGCAUCCAACGGUGGAGAUUGAUGGACAACAAAAGUUGAGGGACAAUGACAGAGUUGAAAUGGAAAAAAACCUCAGAGAGUAUCAAAAAUCAUUUGUUGAAGCUGAAAAGAGUUUAGUUACAAGGUCUGAGGUAGUUGUCUCUCCUGCUGGUAUAUGUUUUAGAGUUCGGAUUUGAUGAUAUUAUGGCUGUGUUUCAGUUCACACUUUCCAACUUCUAGCUUAUUCAUUUUAUUUGUAGCUAUUGGUGCUCUAGUUUUGUCCUUUUUAGGUGUGUGUGUGUGUGUGCUCGCGCGUGCGUGUAUGCGUGCAUGUACGUAUGGCAAUAUGUUCUGUUCACCAGCAUUCUUUGUUUAUUUUUCAACUUACUUUCUCUAAAUAUGUUGCACUUGUUUGCAGUUUCUAGCAAAAGCGAAUGGUUGUCUGGAAAUAAAGAUGAUGGGUAUAUUAGAUGAACUGAAGCGUCUAAAAGAUCAUAAUAAUUUUAUGCAUGAUGAAGUCGAACGCUUAGAAAUGAGUCUAAAACACAGCAAGGUAUAUGAAACACACAGUUUCUUGUUUUUCUUUUCUUCUUUUUUCCUCCCCUUUUAAUUCUUUGUAUAUUCUAGUCUUCUGGUAAACUAUGAACUAGCCCCACACUCCCAAUUUGAGUACACUUCGGUGGUUAGGUGUUUCAAAUCCUUUUUAUACAGUUCUCUCUUACUGCCCAGUUAAAUUACUAGAAGAAAAGUAAACUUAUGAUCAAUUUCAUCUAUAUGGUAAUCAAGACCUUUGCUAUGUGCAGGUUUUCUUAUUGUUUCCUAGUCUUAAAUUGUAUUUGUUCCUUAGAUCUAAAGUUUUGGCUUUACAGUUUAGAAAACAGUUUUUUUUGGUUACUAUUAUUUGGGUCUACAUGUGCACAAACACUAACUGUGCUGGUUUGUCUGCUAGUAGCAAUACCAGCUUGACAGUUCUACGUAGCAAAAAGUACUUGCAGAUACCACCCAGAUGUAUGAGAAGAAGAUAACAGAGUUGAUGAAGCAAUUAGAGGAGCAGCAGGCUCACUCUGAAAGUGCUGAAGAACAGUUAGAUGUGAUGAAGAAGUUGCUAAGUGAUCAUCAAAAGUCAAUGCAGAUUCAGGGGCAAAAGGUGAUUGAUGAAUUUAGGCUGAAACUACAAGAAAGUCAUCAGCUGCAUAAGAAGACUGUGAAUGAACUAGACUCUUUGAAAGCAAAAUAUAAAGUUCAAUUGACAGACAAGGCAACAUUGAAGGAAGAGCUUAAUGUUGUGCGGCAGAGCCUUCUAAUUGAGGAAAAACAAAGGAAAGCUUUUGAAACUGAGCUUCUUAAAUCAAAGAUGCUUGUGCCUGAAAAUCAUGAUGACUUUGAGGACAAGAAAUCAUACAUGAAAGAGAAGAUGGUUAAACCACUGGGUUUACAUAAAUCAAACCAAUCAAGGGAAACAAUUUCCGGUCAAAGGGCCACAAUUGCAAAGAUUUGUGAAGAAGGCAAGUAAUUUUAUUUUUUAUUUAUCUCCAUUCACCCUAUGCAAUAGUGAUCCAAAGUGAUUCUAAUUUUUUUAUUAUUCUUUUACUUAAAUUCUUUCCUUUCACUGAGGCAUCUUCCUAAAUUUACAAGCAUACAAAAAAGUAAAAUAGGAUAAAAAAUACAAAUAUAAAAGACUAGAAAUAAAUGAAUUAGAUGCAAAACAUUUUAAAAAAAAAACCGAAGCUAAUGGAAUGUUUGGGUGAUGGAUGAGAAAGGCGGUAAUUCCACUUAAAUAGAAAAAUAAAAGAAAACAAAAAAUAGGAACAGUGGACAUUAGAUUAGAGUACACCAAUAGGUCAACAAGACAUAUAAUCAAACAGGUGAAGCGCUCAAAAGAAUUGCACAUUCAAUUUCAUAAAUACAUAAAUUAUUGCCCUAAAAAGAAGAAUAAUAUGUGUAAGUAUUCAGAUAUUCAGAUCAGUCUCAAUCAACAAAGCAAGCACCUGUUCAGAUAUAUAGGUAAAAGUAAAAAGAUGAGGAAGAGAGCGAGAAAGUACCGGAAGGGAUGGUU